GCUCGCUCAGCAUGUUGGCUCAGUGCUGCUUUGGUCUCAGCCGCCUUUUGCUGAACCGAUCUGGUGUGCACAGAGCGUGGGCUCUGGGUGCCUUUGGGAGAGUCAGCACGCACCCCAAGAGAGGCUUCGGUUACACCCGCAGGCUUCAGGAUGCCCCUGGGGACGCAGGUUCUACAGAUAAAGUGACAAUUCAUUUUAUUAAUCGGGAUGGAGAGAAAUUCUCAGCCGCAGCCAAAGAAGGGGACAGCCUACUGCAGGUGGUGGUAAAUCAAAACCUCAGCAUCGAUGGCUUUGGGGCCUGUGAAGGGGCGUUGGCUUGCUCCACGUGCCACCUCAUCUUUGACGACCAUACUUUCCAACAACUGGACCCUGCCACAGCAGAGGAGCUGGAUAUGCUGGACCUGGCCUAUGGCCUGACUGACACGUCUCGCCUCGGUUGCCAGGUGCACGUAAAGAAGUGGAUGGACGGUCUAACGGUCCAGGUCCCCAUGGAGGUGUCUGACAUCAGGAGAGAACUGGAAGUGGAGAAGCAGAACAAACAAUAGCUGGCAUGGGAGCGUCAGCUAGAUGCCCUUCUUCGGAUGUAACCAUUACCCUGUCAGUGUCUGUUUCAAUUUGUCUGCUUGUGAAGUUGUGACUUAUUGUGAUUAAAUGUCUAUUCCAAGUCUUCUUCCACAGGGAGGUUUUUCCCCUGUGUGGAAAACAGGGAGCCCCUCCAUUAAUUAAUGUGACAAUCCUGGGGGAUCUUGGGGGGGGAUGCUGUAUGGGUCGUGUCUGUGUGGACACUCCCCUCAUCAUCAUCAUGGAGAAGGGGGAUGGAAGCUUCACACCGAACCAGCGGUGGUGGACGUCUUGAGCUUUCACUGUUGCCUGUCCACUGCUUUCUUCAGGGCAGCAGGAGGAAAAGGGAGGAGGGCAACAUUGUGUGAGCUGCAAAACCCCAGAAGUGAUGUGGCGACCACCUGACAUUUUUUUUGUGGGUUAUGCCCAGAUGCUGGAUUUGCAACCCCUGGAGCUGAGUUGCUAAGCGCCACUUUCAAAAUGGUGGGAAGAAGCUCGCUGGCAUGUGCCGUUCUUCUCCCACCUUUUCCAGCCCC